AUCCUAGGUGGCCUUCAAAGAGUAAAGAUUCACUCCUUCCCGUUGAAGUGUCUGACAGAACUCUGAGGGGCUUUGGCAAGGAGGGUCCUUCAUUCUCAAAAGUUUGCAGCCCUGUAAUUGUUAUUUUGGAAGUAGUCCUUACUCUUUUCUAUAAUUGCCAAUACAAUCUCCUUGUCAAACACUGUGGCAAAGGUUGCAAUUAAAAAUUAAGCAGAAAAUAUAUUUUAGUAUAUGUAGGCUCAGUUGCAGGAAAGCCUUUAAGCAUGUGUCUGAUUUUAAGCUGCUAUACACGUGAUGGCACGAUCUAAAUCUGAAAUACAGCUCUAUUGUCGUUAGUAUCCAGAACUCUUUUCAGUGUGGGUGACACCCAGAGUUCAAUGUUGACGUGCCUUUGGCAACUACAAAUCCCAGGGAGCAUUGCUGUCAGCAGGUUUGUGCAACCGGAUUGGCAUCCUGCGGGAACCAAUGGCAGGCAGAGAACUCAAGAAAAUUCAUGUGUGUCAGCUGCCAGUAUUAAAAAGCACCGAGGAGAGCUGCAGACCUGAGUGCAAACUGCCUGUUUCCCUGGGCUACUCCCAAACCCCUGCGUGGGCUUUGAAUUGGUUCUCUCUCUUACACCCUCCGUGCCUCGGCUGGAAGCAGCCUGCUGGGCUCGCCGGGAUGGAUGCGAUUCUCAACUGCAGACCAGAUGACUUGGAAGAUUACUACAAGUUGCUGGGAUGUGAUGAACUCUCUACGGUGGAACAAAUCCUUGCGGAAUUUAAGAUUAAAGCCCUUGAAUGUCAUCCUGACAAACAUCCUGGAAAUCCCAAAGCAGUGGAGAAUUUCCAGAAGCUCCAGCAAGCUAAGGAGAUUCUUUCUAACGAAGAGAGUCGAGCGCAUUAUGAUUACUGGCGGCGAAGUAAAAUCACCAUUCCGUUCCAGCAGUGGGAGGCUCUCAGCAAGUCUGUCAAAACGUCAAUGCACUGGGCUGUCCAAAGUAAGAAGGACCAAAUGCUGGAAGCUCCUGACUUGAAUAACAGCAACAACAUAACUAAUGAGAUUUGGACCCAACAUACUGAAAACAAUGAAGAUGGAUUGUCAGAUGGGAACAGGGAGCAAGAAGAUGUUGCAAUUCCUGAUGUGAAACCAGAGGCUUCAAAGAAUCCAGACUCCCCAAGAUUUUCAGAGGCAAAUUACUGGCACUUGCGUUUCCGCUGGUCAGGUGAUGCUCCGUCAGAUCUUCUGAGGAAAUUCAGAAACUAUGAGAUCUGAAAUGCAAAAUAGACAAGAGUGUGAGAUCAUCUGUUCAACAAUUCAGUAUUUUUUUGUUAGCAGUUAUCAGUUAUUUGUAUUUUGUAUUCAUUCACUGUGAUGUGAAAGUCGUUGGAAUAAAUGUCUUAAUACCGAUUUGUUAACACACAUGCUAUGAGCAUUACAGAUGGAGGUCUCUGUUUAACAAGCAAAGUUGAAUAAGCAAAGCCCCUUUCAGUAUUAACAUGAAGGGAUUUUGCGAAGUUAUCUAACCUCUUAUGUAUUGUUUCUUGUAUUCUUAAAUAUUGUGAAUAUUUUUCUUAAUACUGUGAUGUUAUGAAGACUGUACACUCGCUAGAACCAGAAGUCAAUGUUAGACUCCAGCAUAUCAUCCUGUUCGGUGGUGAUCUUCCAAAAGCUAUAUGACCAUGAACUUUAACCAGAACUGUGCUUAUUUCUAAAUGAUGUGCUCUGGUUCCCUUCUCCAUUGCAUUGUACUUGCUGUAGUCAUUUAUAAUGCACACAUGCACAAUACUAUUACAAGCUUAUCUUGUUGGAGAAUUGUGAUCUUAUGAUAUAGAUGAAAUAAGAACCUUCUUAUGAUCCAAGAAGGUCACUGUGAUAGAUCAAGCACUCUUAAAAUUCACUUGCUUUCUAUCUUAACACGUACACUUUUUGUGCCAUCUCUUUAUUUUGGAAGGCAGUUCCACAACUUCACUUCUCCAGUUAGCAGUUUUCUUUGUUAAGAUUUAUUGGUGGACAACUGAUACCCUUUGUAUGUCCCCCAGCAUUGUCCUGUGGCUUAAGAGUAAUUUCCCUCCCUGCUCUGGCCUGGCAGACAGGGUCUUAUCAGAGUUCUGUGUGGUGAGUAAUGAAGGAUCUGGCCAGUCAUCAUUAGUGUGUACAAAGUCUCACGUGAAAGGUUUUUGGUGCUUUGGGCAAAUUUGUAAAUUCUACAUUGUGUUUAUUUAUUUUGAAUUUGUUUUUUUCUUUGUAAACCUGAACAAUGCCACAUUGUGGUUUUGUGCACACAAGUAAUUCCAUCAGCAACAAAUAAACCUGCAUGCAUGCAGAAA